AUGGCGCCUAAUCGUGUGUUUUCGCGGCGUGGCCACCUUCAGUCUCGGACCGGCGUGGGAGAGGCGCGCGGAUUACUGGCAGCUGACAAAGCCCCGUGUUUCGCACUUAACGAGACCAUAGCGAGCGAUUUCGCUCUUUGUGGGCCCUCGCGUCAGCACAGAGUAGUGCCUGCAGAGAGAACAAACAUUAGGUUUACUGCAAUUCUGUUUACUGCAAUGGGAGCAUGCCGUGAGGACCAGCUAGCCAGGAAUCAGAAAUUAAAUGCU